AUGCCGACCGAAUUAGAAGAGCUCGUCGAUUUUAUAUCGCAUGGAAACACUCAAGUGCGGACGAUCGCCGUCGAGAAUUUGAUUCCAUAUUCAUUAUCGCAGCCUUCAAUAUUCAAGACGAAUGAGCUUCUACCAGUAAAGGAUUUAAAAUUACUGGUCCGCGACUACAAACAAAUAGCCAAAGAUGCAAUGACAAUUCUCAUAAACCUGUCGACAGACAAGGAAGUUUUGGAAUAUCUUGCGAGUGAUAAAGAGUUCAUCAAUACUUUAUUCAACAAAUUGACAAACCCCGCAGAACCAAAUGCAAAUCUCAUUGCUAUGCUAUUCGCAAAUCUCGCAAAUGGAUGA